AUGAGGGCUGCAAGGGUUUCACGUCUUGGCUGGACGGUUCCUCCUGCUGCCCUCGCCGCCUACACUGCGGGAGAGUGGAAUAGACGUCUGCCGCAAAGUGCUGGCUUUACCACUGCUUCUGCUCAAUACGAGGCCAAUUCCGAGUCGCGAAGCUAUCCGUCCAGUAGCAAGAAGGGCCAUGAACACAGCGACCAUGAUUCUGUGUGGUUUAAGAUUGUGCAGAAGCUCGAUGAGGUCAAGCACACGGUUGGUGCUGGAGGGUGGGGAGACCUUGGGGGAAGCAUUACCGACUACAUCGUGCCCGACUGGACGCGGAUGCUUCCGGCGAUAGCCCAGAAACUCCAGCGGGAGCUUUCAAUGGCUCCUGGCUCACUGGCAGAUGAUAUUUGGAAGGAGUCGCAAGAUCCGGAGAUCAACCCAGAGAUCUUAAGAGAUGCCAGGGUGCGGGUGAGCGGCGAUCUUUGCAAGGAGGAGCUAGCAUUCAGGAAAAAACGCCAACACCACGCGGUGAAGGCAUUGGCUUCAUAUCUUGGCAUUCCCGAGGAGGAAAUCCACCCAGAAGAUGUCCCGGUCAUUGCCAUGUGCGGCUCCGGGGGCGGGCUACGUGCCCUGGUCGCAGGAACCGGAUCGUACCUGGCUGCUCAGGAAGCCGGGUUGUGGGACUGUGUUACCUACACGGCUGGGGUCAGCGGCAGCUGCUGGCUGCAGACCCUCUAUCAUUCUUCCCUCGCCGACGGGAACUUCAACAGGCUCGUUGAUCACCUGAAGAAUCGGCUGGGUGUCCACAUCGCCUUCCCGCCGGCAGCCCUUAAUUUGCUGACCACAGCGCCGACCAAUAAGUUCCUUCUCAGCGGCCUCGUUGAGAAGCUGAAAGCAGACCCAGGCGCGGACUUUGGAUUGGUGGAUAUUUAUGGCCUGCUGCUUGCUGCGCGACUCUUGGUUCCUCGAGGAGAACUGGGUGUUUCAGAUCGGGAUCUCAAGAUCUCAAAUCAGCAGGCCAAUCUGUUGGAUGGCGCGCAUCCAAUGCCUAUCUAUACUGCAGUACGACAUGAGAUUCCUGUGUUGGAUGGAGAUAGCCAGGAGGCCAAACAUACAAAGCCGGAAGAUUUGAUGAGAGAAGCCAAAAGCGAGUCCUGGUUCCAGUGGUUUGAAUUCACUCCAUACGAAUUCUUCUGUGAAGAACUCAAUGCUGGAAUUCCUACUUGGGCAUUGGGACGUCACUUCAAUGCAGGGCGUAAUGAGCUGCCUUCCGAUGCCUACCCCAUCCCCGAGCUGCGGGUUCCAGGACUGAUGGGAAUCUGGGGCAGUGCCUUCUGCGCAACUCUAUCUCACUACUACAAAGAGAUUCGACCCUUGGUCAAAGGUCUUGCUGGGUUUGGAGGAAUUGACUCCCUCAUCCAGGGCAAAAAUGAAGACUUGGUUCGGGUGCAUCCCAUCGAUCCUGCAGCCAUUCCCAACUACGUGAUGGGUAUGAAAGACCAACUUCCUGCCUCUUGCCCAGAGUCCAUAUUCCAGAACAAGCACCUGCGUCUUAUGGAUGCUGGCAUGAGUAACAAUUUACCCAUCUACCCGCUGAUUCGGCCAGGCCGAGAUGUGGAUGUCAUUGUCGCCUUUGAUGCAUCUGCCGAUAUCAAGCAGGAGAACUGGCUCUCUGUCGUGGACGGUUACGCCCGACAACGAGGUAUCAAGGGCUGGCCCAUUGGUGCCGGAUGGCCUAGAGCAACCGAGAGUCUUGCAGCCACGGAAAAAGCGCUCCGAGAGUCGCAGGACAUCACGGACGAACAAGCCAACCAGAAGAUCGCCGACUCACAGCACAAAAAAGCAGAUGUCUCGAAGCAGCCCAAGCCAGCUAGUGCUGCUGACACGGACCUUGGAUACUGCAAUAUCUGGGUCGGUACCCAGGAGGAGCGCAUCUCGGAGGACGAACCUCCGCCUUCGAAGCGCCUUUUUCACCCCGAGCACGGCGACGAUCACUCCGAAUCCGACUUCCACCUCAUGAGACCCGAGGCCGGAAUUGCUGUUGUCUACUUCCCUCUCAUCCCUAACCCCUCGGCCCCAAAUCUACCACCGACCCCUAAGACCCGCCCGCUCGCAGCCGCCCACUCCCUUCGACAGAAUCGCAGCCAAACCAAGGACCCGGCUAACCCGGUUGCCUCUCAUCCCAACUCGAUUGACCCCAAUGUGGAUGAUUUCCUGUCCACCUGGAACUUCAUUUACACGCCCGAACAGAUCGACUCUGUCGUGGGACUGGCCAAGGCCAAUUUCUCUCAGGGCAAGGAUCAGGUCCGCCGUGUGGUCCGCGCGGUCUAUGAGCGGAAGAGAUCUGAUCGGCUGCGUCGCGAGCAAGAGGAGUCUCGGAAACGUAUGGAGGGCUUUGUCCCUCUGUAG